AUGAGGCUGUCGCCGAACGUAGCAAAGUCCGUGCUACCAGAUGAGAAAUCUAAGAAGUCUGGCCGGUUUGAGAACAGCCCGUUUGGAGCCAUGAACCGGACCAGCGUUCGUCUCCGGGAUAACACCCGCCCCAGAUCGGACGCCGAGCUCAGGCGAGCAGCCAAACCGAAGUUCAGAGAGCAAGGACAGGAUAAGGAAAAGAGCGAAGAAUCGUGGAUGAAGCCUCUGAAGAUGCAGAUUGCCCUAACUCCUGUGCCGUAUAAUCGACGUAUGGCCAUCAAGGAAAAGAUUGCCGACAUAACUUCAUUCGACCAAUUCCCGCUUCUCGACGCUGUGCGCGAGGCAGUGUAUAAGAAUGCGCUGGUGGGGAUGGAGGAUAUCACUCCCACGCCCAUUCAGCGUGUUGCCAUACCGACACUGUUGGGCAACAAUAACAAGACUCCCGACCCCGCUGCCCAAACAGACGACCUUGCGCCCAAGUAUGACCAGUUCCUGCUCGCGGCGGAAACUGGCUCAGGCAAGACUUUGGCCUAUCUUGUUCCCGUACUUGAUGCUCUCAAGAAUGCUGAGGCCUUUCAGAAGGAACAGGACAAGAUCGAGGCUGAUGAAAAGGCGAGGAAGGAGCAGGAGGAAAAAGAGCGGCGAGAAAAGAACAACAUAUUUGAGUUGGAGUCCCCUGAGCUUACAACACCAGAUACAUACCAGGAUGUUGCAAAGCCCCGAGUUAUUAUUCUGGUCCCUACAUCCGAACUGGUGAACCAAGUAGGGCACUUAGUCAAGCAGCUCUCACACACGAUCAAAUUCCGUUCUGCUCUUAUCAGCUCCUCGCAGACCCCGCGUAGGAUUCGAAAUAGUUUAUUCAACCCCGCCGGUUUAGACGUGCUCGUCAGUACGCCGCACCUGGUUAGCUCAAUUGCAGAGUCUAAUCCAUACAUCCUGAGUCGUGUAACUCACAUCGUUGCGGACGAGGCAGAUUCCCUCUUUGACCGGUCUUUCUCACCAAUCACCAACUCUAUAAUCGAACGAGCAGCAUCAACGCUAAAACAGCUCAUUCUCUGCUCUGCUACAAUUCCUCGACACUUGGAUAAUCGUCUUCGUGAACUAUACCCUAAUAUUCGAAGACUCGUCACUCCGAAUCUCCACGCUAUUCCUCGAAGAGUCCAACUCGGUGUUGUAGAUGUCGACAAAGAGCCCUACCAUGGCAAAAAGUCCCUUGCAUGCGCUGACGUCAUAUGGUCCCUGGGCAAGGCUGGAAGCGGUGAUGAUGGGGAUGCCUUUGCCCGUAUUACCGGCACUCCAGAGACAAAACAUAUCAUCGUAUUCGUCAAUGAGCGCGAAUCAGCCGAAGAGGUAGCUGGCUUUCUGACUUCAAAAGGAAUUGACGCCGUUGCCCUGACCCGUGACACCUCGGAAAAACGACAAGCUGAGAUCCUCAACGAGUUUACUCAGGCAAAACCACAACUCUCCGAAGAGGACAAGAAAUUGCUUAUGAAGAGCAAGCAACUUGACUCAGGCUCAAUACCCUUCCUGCAAAAUGACGAGCCUAAAAAGUCCGGCUCAACAAAGUCACUAGACAACACUAAAGUCCUUGUCAUUACUGACCUGGGAUCCAGAGGAAUCGAUACUGUAGCUGUUCGAAACGUCAUCUUGUACGAUGUUCCUCACUCGACUAUCGACUUUAUUCAUCGUCUGGGUCGUUUGGGUCGCAUGGGCAGAAGAGGACGAGGUAUCGUUCUUGUCAACAAGAAAGACCGAAAGGACGUUGUCAAGGGUGUCCGUGAAGCAAUGUUCAGGGGACAAGCAUUGAUCUAA